GAUAUAAAUAUUUGAUGCAGUUGCAGCAUGCAUGAUAGACCGGAGAUCGAGGCUGUAUUAGAAAUGGAAUCCAUUAACUCAACGCCAAGGAUUCAUACAGGAAAAAGUAGCAGCACGGAUGCCGAGGAUGGCGUUUUCUUAACAUGGAAGGAUUUGUGGGUCACAGUUGUUAAUGGUAAAAAUGGUCGACCAAUCCUACAGGGCCUGACUGGCUUUGCACGUCCCGGUGAGCUCUUGGCUAUAAUGGGUCCUUCAGGAUGUGGCAAGUCCGCCCUUCUUAAUGCCUUAGCAGGGAUAUUGGAUCCUCAUACAAGGAAGGCAGGAGAUAUUCUUAUCAAUGGGCAUAAACAGACCAUGGCUUAUGGAACAUCGGCAUACGUAACACAAGAUGAAGCACUGAUUCAUACCUUGACCGUAACCGAAGCCGUAUACUACUCGGCUCAGCUCCGGUUACCGGAUACAAUGUCGAGGUCAGAGAAGAAACAAAGAGCUGAAACGACGAUCAGAGAAAUGGGACUGCAAGACGCCAUGAAUACAAGGAUCGGUGGAUGGGGAAAUAACGGGCUAAGCGGUGGUGAAAAGAGGAGACUUAGCAUUUGCAUUGAAAUAUUAACACGCCCUAGGCUUUUGUUCCUUGAUGAACCCACCAGUGGGCUUGAUAGUGCAGGUUCGUAUCAUGUGAUGAGAAGCAUUGCCAGCCUGAAUCGAAGAGAUGGGGUUCGAAGAACAAUCAUUGCAUCCAUCCAUCAGCCUAGCAGUGAAGUGUUUCAGUUAUUUCACAGUCUUUUUCUUCUAUCUGCGGGCAAAACUGUGUACUUUGGUACACUUUCAGCUGCAAACGAGUUCUUUGCUUCCAAUGGAUUCCCUUGCCCGACUCUUCAGAAUCCAUCGGAUCACUUCCUCAAAACCAUUAACAAGGAUUUCGACAAGGAUAUUGAGGAAGGCUUCGUUAAUGAAAUCCCCACUGCGGAAGUAAUCAACAUUCUGGUGAACUCAUACAAGUCUUCUGAUAUAUUCCAACAUGCUCAGACAGAGAUAGCUCAAAUUUGUAAACAGCACAGCAGAGCAGUGGAGAAGGAGAAAAGACAUGUAACCUUCUUUACCCAGUGUCAUGUUCUUACUAGAAGAUCAUUCAUUAACAUGUAUCGAGAUCCAGGUUACUAUAGAUGGCGUCUAGCUGUCUAUAUUGCAUUGACUUUAACCCUUGCCGUCCUGUUUAACAACCUCGGCCUCAGCUAUGGUUCAAUCCAGGCAAGAGGUGCAUUGCUUUUGUUUGUAACUGCAAUUCUGACCUUCAUGACCAUAGGUGGAUUCCCUUCUUUUGUGGAGGAAAUGAAGGUGUUCGAACGAGAAAGGUUAAACGGGCACUACGGUAUCAUUGCUUUCGUCUUAGCCAACACCAUUUCGGCUAUUCCCUUCCUGAUAGUAAUUUCACUAAUCCCAGGCACCAUAUGUUAUUACAUUCCGGGUCUUCAAAAAGGGUUUCAACACUUCUUUUUCUUUAUAUCCACCUUAUUUGCUUCUAUGAUGCUGAUCGAGAGCUUAAUGAUGGUCGUUGCCAGUUUGGUACCCAAUUUCCUUACGGGAAUCAUAGUGGGUGCUGGGAUUCAAGGUAUAAUGAUGUUGGUCGCCGGAUUCUUCCGAUCACCGGCCGAUCUUCCCAAGCCGGUGCUGAAAUACCCUUUACACCACAUUGCUUUCCACAAGUAUGCUUACCAAGGAUUGUUAAAGAACGAGUUUGAAGGGUUGAGAUUUGAGAAUGAUCAUAAUAAUAAUAACAAUAACGUUGGAAGUGGAGGGGCGAGGCCGAUGAUCUUAACGGGAGAAGAUGCGUUGAGGGAUAUAUGGCAUGUGGAAAUGGCGACCUCGAAGUGGGUUGAUCUUGGGGUACUUUUUGCCAUGGUUGUUUUUUAUAGGGUUUUGUUCCUCGGCAUCAACAAGUUAAAACCCAAAUGUCACUAUUGAUGCUUACAUAUUUUAUAUUUGUUCAAGUUUGAUUCAGCUUGAAAUAUUGAUUUAAAAUAUUAUUCGUGUAACAGUUUAUUUUUUAGUGGUAUCAAAAAUAGUGGUUUCAAAA